AAGUUUUGAGUUGUUUCUUGAAAUUAUUUAAUCGACGUGAAAGAUAACGUAAUUUCUUUUUCUUUUUUAUCUUAGAAAUAUUAUGAUUACUAUUAAUCAAGAAGAUAAAUCAUUCUCUUGUAAAUCAAGAAUAGAGAAUGGUUGUGUCGAGAAACAGUCAGUUGAGUGAAAACUUGAUGAAUCUAACAGUAAAAUAAAACAGUUUAUAUUCUAUAGUUCAGUGACUUUUAGUGACAUACUUGGUGUUAAAUCUUCGUGUGUUAGCGAAAGAUUAUUAUCAAUUUGAUUUAAAAGAACUUCCAUUGAUUUUGAGAUAUUUUCUUCAUUCAUCUUCUCUUCAGUAUUCGAUGAAUUCGUUUUUAAUUCAUCCAAAGUUUGACUCUCGAGUAAAUGACUAAUUCCUGUAUUAAUAUUAAAUAUAAAAAUAAUUAAUAAUAAAAAAUAAAUAAACUAAUUUGUUUACCAUAUUCAUCAACAGCAUAGAUUAGAAUAUUUAAUAAUGUUAUCUGUUUGCCUGGAUAAUUAUUGUCGACAUCCUCCAGCUUGCACAUGUUGAAAUAAGAAACAGAAACGAACAAAAUUUAUAACGGAUAAUAUAUACAAAAUGGAAUAUUUCCAUAAAUUAUCUAUAUAUAUAUAUUUGAAUGUUCAAAUGAAGAAACAAUUAAAAGAUGUCCGUAAUGAACUAUAUUUAUCUGAUCAUGUUUAGACAGAAUAGUAUGCAACUAGUAGGAAUAUGUAUUAUAUCAGUCUAUAAUAAAGAGAAGAAAAGUACUUUGAUAUGAAACUAUUAUGAUAAAUGACAAGAGAUAGUUGAAAUUUGAAUAGGAACUAGCAAUAACAAUACUAAAUUGUCCAUAAAUAAGAAACGAGGUUAUAAAGAAUGGCUUGGUUUCAAUAAUCGACUUUCAUCAAUUCUAUUACCAUUUGCUAUAGCUUUAAUCACAAUAGUUAUAACGAUACAAGAAAAUAAAAAACAACGAAAUGAAACAAUACUUUCCAAUUAUUUAAAAGGUAUGUCACAUUUAAUUCUAACAUACGAUCAGCAAUUAGAUGAUCAUAAAGCAUGUAUAACAGCUUCAUCUAUGACCUUCACGGCACUUGAACAAUUUAUAAUUCGUUAUUUACAUCGAAUGACAUUUAUAUUAAUUAGUACAGAUUUACUUGAAUAUGCAAAUGUGACUAAUGUAGAUUUUACAAAUGCUAAUUUAACUGAUGCUAAUAUAAGUGAUGAACAAUUACAGCAAGCUGCUUUUCUUAAUCAUGUUAUUAUUUUUCCUAAUGGAUCAUUUUUUCAAUAUGAAAAAUAUAGUCAUAAUGUUUUAUCAGUAGAUGAUUGGAUAGAUAAUGGAACACUUGAAAAUAAUUUAUUUAUAUUGAAGUUAGUUUUAAUAAUUUUUAUAUUUUUAUAA